AUGGAGAAAGUCCCAGAGGAGCACCGGCGGAAGACCUUUGGCUGGGCGGCGAAGGACGCUUCGGGGAUCCUGUCCCCCUUCAGCUUCUCCAGAAGGCAGGUCCCUUCCUCCUAGUGCUCCCCCCCCCCCACCGUCCCCCGUCUUCGGUGGUGCGAAGGCUUCGGGAAGAUGAUGUUGUUCUGCGCGAGAAGCUAAUGACUGGGUUGAUAGGGUGACCGGCGUCCCCACAGAGAUGCUGGAGCAUCUUUUCUGGGCGGAAAGACCAAUGACUAGAUCGAUCUGCAUUUUUUUCCCUUUCUCCUGUCUCUAUACACUUCUCAUUGUUCGCUUCUAGAUUAUCUUGCCUCCCCCCGACUCCCUACAUUUCCCGUCAGAGCUUUCAUGCCUCCCCGAUUUCUCUUCGUUCCUGCUCUCUCGCUGCAUCGACUCGUCGCGUGUCUCUAUCGGUCCGAACGUGAGCCUCCGAUUUUCUUUGUUUGGUUCCUCUGAGCCGUCUUUAAUGUCGCAGUAUAUUUAAUGGCUGGGCCCUGUACACACGGCAAAGUGGGACUAUUCGCUUUCUCGUUGAAGCUUUCACGCGCAUGUGCUCCAUUUACUUUCACGAUGGGCGGUAGAUGGACGCUGUUAAAUGGCACCCGAAGCAAAGGUUAUCCGCAUCUCUUCCUCGAGUAUUCUGGAUAUAUUGGUCUGCGUUUACUCCCUCGUCUGAUCUGCCACAAGAACCAGGAGCUGGUCGUACCUUCCUGAUAUUUACGAGAACCAGAAUUUAUUUAUUUUUCCAGAGUUGAGUCACUUUUUUUGGGAAAAAAAAAACACACAAGUCGUGGGUAUGCCGAGGAUUAUUGCAGAUAAGUUUGUCCAUCAUCGUACCGCACAAACCUCGAGAGAACUAUUUCUUCUAAAAGGAAAAGUUGAAAUGAUUUCCAUGCGGCAGUUGAAACAGCGAACAUCGACGCCGAAUUCCUGUUGAAUGUAGAGCAGUUUUUGGUAGAUCCUCUGAGAUAGAAGAUGCAAGGAAUUUUUUUCUUAUAAUUCUUUUUUCUAACCGACAGUAGGGUUCGCUAAGUUGGCGUUUUCUUCUCAGGAAUAAUGGAGACGAGGACAUCACCUUGAAGAUACUGUUCUGUGGGAUCUGUCAUUCUGACCUCCAUUGCAUCAAGAACGAGUGGAGGAAUGCAGUCUACCCAAUCGUUCCUGGGUAUAUAAAAACUCUACCCCUUCUCCUAUUAGUAAACUGUCCUACGUUGAAUAUACUUGCUUUCUUUUUUAGUUUCUUUAGGGUUUUUCUCGGUAUUCACCUCCUCUCGUGCUCAUCCUUCCUGUCUCAUACUCAGAGUUGGUUUUCGGUCUAUCCUGAAGAACGUACACUACUCUAUCUUGAAGCAGUCUUGUAGUCGGAGAUAUCCGUGGUCUCUCAAGUUCCCCAUUCCGAUCCAAGCAGGCCGAUGUAUUGGGUCAGCUGUUGUCGGUCUCCUCUUUUAGGUCGAAGAGAAGCCAGAUUCCCUACUGAAACCAAAUAAAAUAUAUCGGAAUCAACUUUGAUCACAGCCUAUUGUACGCUCCAACUCAGCUCCAAGCGACAAUUUUUUCAAAGCAGAGUGAGUGGAAGACAAAGAACUUAGAUUCCAAGGGGAGGACUCAGCACCCAUCUCUCUCUCUCUCUCUCUCUCCAAUUGGUGUCCGUUCACGUGCAAGUGCGAUAUGCAAUCGGCCGGGUGGCUUCUCCUCCAGUACGAGCCUUUGCACCCCCCCCGUCACCUCUUCGACUUCCAGAUCCUUGUCAACUCCAUCAUCCUCAAAUCUUUCCCCAACCUUUCGCUGGCACCUGCUCCCCAGAAGAACCAGAAACCUGGCGCAGAAUAGCCUACGUUGCAGACAGAAAGGACCUUAUAUAUACCCUUCCUUGUUCUGCCGCGUCCUUGUCUAUGUAUCUAUCUAGCAGCUUUCAUUGAUCCGCUCUUUCUUCGUCUGCUGGCGAGUGCAGGCACGAGAUCGUCGGCGUUGUGACGGAAGUGGGCCGCAACGUGAGCAAGUUCAAACUCGGAGACAGAGCGGGCGUGGGGUGCAUGGUCGGGUCCUGCCGCUCCUGCGGCAGCUGCAAGCAGGGCUUCGAGAACUACUGCCCCCAGAUGGUGCUCACCUACAACAGCGUAGACGGCGACGGCACCAUGACCUACGGCGGCUACUCGGACGCCGUGGUGGUGAACCAGGACUUCGCCGUUCACUUCCCGGAGAGCCUGCCAUUGGACAAGGGGGCGCCGCUGCUCUGCGCCGGCAUCACCGUGUACAGCCCCAUGAAGCACUUUGGGCUCAACGAGCCGGGGAAGCAUCUGGGGGUCGUCGGGCUCGGUGGGCUCGGCCAUGUGGCCGUCAAGUUCGCCAAGGCCUUCGGCAUGAAGGUCACCGUGAUCAGCUCCUCCCCUUCCAAGGAGAAGGAGGCCAUGGAGAGGCUGGGAGCGGACGCCUUCCUCGUCAGCAGCUCCAUGGAUCAGAUUCUGGUGAUUUUACCCACAUAAAAGCCCCUGAAUGUUGAAUGAACCCUCCAUCUGAGCCCCUUCUUUCUUAAAAACCAACCCCUUCCUGAACCCGUGCCGUCAUUUGCCGUGGUAUAAUUCAUUAAUUUGCAGGCCGCCACUGGGACGAUGGACGGAAUCAUCAAUACCGUUUCCGCCACGCACCCGCUCAUGCCGCUGCUGAUCCUUCUGAAGACCCACGGCAAGAUGAUCAUGGUGGGCGCGCCAGAGAAGCCGCUCGAGGUUCCGGCAUUCUCCUUGAUCUUGGGUGCGCGUCUACAAAGAUCCUCCUACGGGAAAACCAGUUUUCCAUCGAUGGAGGACCUCAACUCUCUCUCUCUCUCUCUCUCUCUCUCUCUCUCUCUCUCUCUCUCUCUCUCUCUCUCUCUCUCUCUCUAUUUGUGGGACUCUGCAGGGGGGAAGACGAUGGCGGGGAGCUGCAUUGGAGGGAUGGAGGACACGCAGGAGAUGCUGGACUUCGCCGGGAAACAUGGGAUAACAGCAGACGUGGAGGUCAUCCGGAUGGACUACGUGAACACAGCCAUGGAGCGCCUCGCGAGGAAUGACGUUAGAUAUCGCUUCGUCAUCGACGUCGCCAACACCCUGACCCCACCCUAG